CUCUCUCGCUCUCUUGGUGUGUGAGAGUGACAAGUAGUCUGCAUUUGGUUUCGAUUUCACUGAUGCGGAAAGGCUUGCGGGAUUGUGGCGACCAUGCCUUUUCUAUCGAAAUCCUCCAUCCCUUCCCCCACAGAUCCUCCAGCUCCGCCAAUGGCUCACGAAAACUCCGACGGCGCAGCCGAGCGCCGUCUCAUGGAGGCCGAGGAGAGGCUGAGAGAUGCGAUUGAGGAAUUGCAGAGGCGGCAGCGCCGUGCUCGGGGGUUCCAACCGCCCUGUGAUCACGCGGAUGGGUCAUGCGUUGCCAACGCCAUUGGUAACCUCUGCCAGAGCUUCCUUCUAUCUUAUGGUGUACGUGUUGGUAUCGGGAUCCUUCUUCGUGCUUUCAAGCUCGCGCGGGGUCAGUCUUAUGAAUCCCUCCUGGAUCUCAAGCAACUUGUGUCAGAGAAGGAUCUGAUAGUGAGAGAAGAAGCUUGUCGUAUUGGGCUACUUUUUGGUGGUUUUACUGGAUCUUAUCAUGCCCUGAGAUGUUUUUUGAGAAAGUUUAGAAAGAAAGAGACUCCAUUUAAUAUAAUUUUAGCAGGUUCGGUCGCAGGAUUGUCUAUUUUAGCAUUAGACGACUCUAGUCGGAGGCGUACCCUUGCUUUGUACCUUUUGGCUAGGCUUGCCCAGUGUGCUUAUAAUUCGGCAAAAUCCAAGAACAAGUUUCACCUAUGGGGAAGCCAUUUGAGACAUGGCGAUACUUUGUUGUUUGCUUUAGCAUGUGCUCAGGUUAUGUAUGCCUUUGUAAUGCGUCCUGAGAGCUUGCCAAAGUCAUAUCAAAGUUUUAUUCAGAAGACUGGGCCAGUUGCAGCACCUGUUUACAAGGCUGUGAGGGAUAGCUGUAGAGGUGGUCCAGUAGAUGUUGUUACUCUGUCAGCUUACUUAACAAACAGAAAGGGAUCUAGCUCAGUAAAAUUGGAGGAGUUUCCUUCUAUAAUUCCUUGUUCUAUAAUACAUCCAGGCACAAACUCGUGUUUAGCUCACAAUGGUAAUGCAGCAUCUGCGACCUUCAGAAAAACGUUUCCCCUGUAUUUCUCUUUGACUUUUGUACCAUUUGUUGUUCUUCACUUACAAAAGUUUAUGAAGUCUCCAGCUUAUACCUGCUGGAAUGCUAUUAAAGGCGCUGUUCGAUCAACAACAUUUUUGUCUGCUUUUGUUGGAAUGUUUCAGGGUGUCAUAUGUCUACACAGAAAGGUGGCAGCAAAGGACCACAAACUUGUAUAUUGGAUGGCUGGCGGAAUUGCUGCUCUUUCUGUCCUAUUGGAGAAGAAAGCCAGACGUUCAGAACUGGCUCUAUAUGUUCUUCCACGAGCUGGUGACUCUUUGUGGUAUAUAUUAGUGAAUCGCAAUUUUCUGCCAGAUAUUAAAAAUGCUGAGGUGGCUUUAUUCUGUAUGUGCAUGGGAGGAAUCAUGUACUACCUAGAACGCGAGCCAGAUACAAUGGCCCCAUUCCUCAGGGGUCUGAUACGUCGCUUCCUUGCAAGCAGGAUAAGCAAUCCAGGCCCGGCCUCCAGCCGUAAUGCGUCAUAUUCAUAUCUGCAAACUCUUGAUUCCAUAAAGAAACCAAGGUUAGAAGAGAGCCAGGAUACUGGAACUUCAGCUUCUGAGAAGUACAAUCUGGAAGCCAUACCUGGACUUUAAGCAUGUCCCUCAGAGCUAUAGAACGAGUUUGGAAGGGUUUUACAUUUUACCCUUUUCUAAUUUGUAUCACUUAACAGGGCAGGAAAUUUUGCUCCAUUUAUUGAAACCCAGAAUCUGGGAAUUGUUAUUGGCCAAUUGUUUUCACAAACAGAUCCAAGAGACUUCUUUUUGGCCAUUAUAGAUUAUUUGUUCUCUUCUUGCCCUGGAUGUAUUAUACUGAAGCUGGUUUUGUGGAUAAAAUUGGUUACAGAGAAGUGGAAUAAUAAUAAAUUCUAUGGAUUUGGA